GUGUGCUGAUAGUGUCUACUCUGUGCACUGACACUAUUGCACACUGACACUAUUUUCUAAGUUGCAUUGACACUGUCAAUGUUGUGCACAGGCACUCAUUUUUGUGUGUGCCAAUAUUUAUGUUUUGUGAGCACUGACACAGUCACUGUCUUAUGCACACUGACGUCUAUUGGGUACAAUAACACUGUAUGCACUGACUGUAUACUGUGUGUACUGUCCUCUUUAUCUACACUGACACUGUAUACUGUGUAUAUUGGCAUUAUCGACUGUGUGCACUACUGCUGUACUGACACUGCUUACUGUUACUACUGUGGGCGCUACUACAUAGUGCAGAGUCUGUUUCUACCAUGCCUGGGUUUCAUGCAUGUGUUUCUUGCAAGGCCAAGUUGCCUCUAGAAGACAAACAUGUUAAGUGCAUUGUCUGUCUGAUUCCAGAGCAUGCUCAGGAGGCUCUGAUUGAUCGCACUUUGUGUUUUUUGUGUCCACUUCACUAAGCAUAUGCUGGACGGUUGGUUGGCCGGUCAUUCCAGGAAACGUUCCCUCAUGUCCGCUCAGCACUUUGCAUUGCCACGCUUGGUUAGUGAGGCUGGACCCCCUCCUUUGGCUCUGUGCCAAAGGAUGGUGAUUCAGUCAAAGGAGUCCAGCCGAGAAGCCAUGCUCCUCUCCUUCCUCCCCCAGUUCUCCCCCUCAAAUCGGAGGAAGAAGAAAGCUUGCUGUUCACAUUCGCAGAUAGAUAAGAUCUGGGAGGUCCAGUCACACCAGAAGGUUAUUCUUACUGAACUGCUGCAAGAGCGCUCAACAGCACCGGUACCACCGGUCUCCUACCACCUGCCCCUCAGCAGUAAGGGCAUGUGAUCUAAGGAGUGAUGUGCUAUUUAUAGUUGCCUCUGAGGAGGCUCAUGAACAGGAUAUAGUGUUCCCAUCUGAUGGUCCGGGCUCUUAACAGUGCUCAGCUUUUCUUAUGCUGCUGAUACAGCGGGCUACUGCAGUUUUGCAGCCUAUAGCACAGUGGCACUCUUAAACCCCAGUUUCACCAGAAACCAGUGGGGCAGAUGGUUUCCACUUCUCAUGGACCCGCCCAGAAACGACCCACACCCACUUUUCACAGAGGCAGGCGUACAUUCAGUCGCCCUGUGCCUAGACAACAGUGCAGGAUGCGCCUCAGGCAACCCUCUAUUUCAGACAGGUGAACCUGUGUAUGAGACGGUGCAAGAUUCUGACUUCGAAACAACUGUUGCAGCUCAACAGGGAACCUAAGGGACGCCUAUUUCUACAUCCCCAUAAAACCAAUGUACAGGAAGUACCUGAGGUUAACUUUUCGAGAACAAUAUAACAGUUCUGUGUUCUGCCGUUCGACCUCUCUAUACUGGCUCUGUUAAGACUCUGAGGCAUCAGGGUCCUCAACUACCUGGACGAUUGGCUCAUUUGCUCAAAGUCUCCAGCACAGGCACACGAACAAAGAUAGCCCAUUACCAACCACCUACAUCGGUUGGGCCUGAAAGUAAAUUAAUGCCCACCCAGGUAGUUGCCUAUCUAGGAGUGCGCCUGGACUCACAACCUAUUGUUGACAGUGUCUCCACACUGUCUACUGGCACCCUCUUGGUGGAGACAGCUGGCCGAUCUACGCCUAGGCAUGGCACUAGGCAGUGUCACCUAGAGGGAGGUCAUCGCCACAGACGUGUCCAACUCAGGCUGGAGCGGCGUUUGGAGUGGACGAGCAGUGCAAGGGGUGUGGCAGCCACCAUGGAAGGGUCGCCACAUAAAUCUUAGAGCUGCAGGCAGUGUACCUGUCCUUGCAGAACUUUUUGGAGUAGGUUCGGAGGAGACACGUGCUUGUUUGUACGGAUCUGUGGUGUCCUACAUCAACCACCACAAUCUUUUGCAGUGGGCACAAAUGAACCUCCUCUCACUCCGGGCAGUUCACCUGCCUGGGGUGAUCAAUUGAGCUGCGGUCCUCCUCUUGAGAGAGGUCCCCAGCAGUGCAGAACAGAGGCUCCAUCCUGAGGUUGUGAGCCUGAUUUCGGAGAGCAGAGGUAGACCUCUUUGCCUCUCAGGAAUCGGCACACUGUCCCCUGUGGUUGUCUAUAAAGAGACAGGACUGCUGAGUGUAGAUGCACUGGCACACCUGUGGCCAGCACGUCAGGCGCAGGGCACUUUGAGCUGUCUGGAUUUCUUACAGAUUAAUUGACAACCUGCAAAAUGCCAGGGCAGCCUCUACCCAUUCCCAAUAUGGGUGCAAGUGGGGCGUGUUUCAGGCAUGGUGCUUGUCUUGUGGAUUUGAACCCGUGACAUGCCCCAUGGCAGUUAUACUGCAGUUUUUACAGGACCUUUUUGAGGGGAAAUUCACAUCCACUUUAAAGAUCUAUCUGGCAGCCAUCUCGGUCUGCCAUGUAAAACAUAGAUUGUCUCUCCAGGAGCUAAUUUCCUGGCGUGGCAAUUUUUGAAAGGCACUCGGCGGUUUAGACCACCGGUGAAGGCUGUGGUUCCUCGUUGGAGGUUAAAUGUAGUGCUUAAUGUACUGAUGGAACUUCCAUUUGAGUCCAUAUACUCAGUUGAGCUCAAAUGUUUGUCUUUCAAGGUGGCUUUCUUGCUUGCAAUCACCUCCGCUAAGCGAGUGAGUGAAAUGCAAGCAUUCUCUGUAUGAAAAGCCUGUCUAAAAUUUUCAGUCCAGAAUGUAGGUUACCGUUUGUACUAACCCGGCUUUUUUGCCGAAGACCAUCUCGGCUUUGCAUGUUAAGCAGUCGGUCGAGUUGGAGGCUUUCCAUCUCCUUCCUUUCCAAUCUGACAGGGAGCGCCAGCUCUAUAUGCAUUGCCCAGUGCGGGCAUUAGCAUAUUUUAUGUUGACGGGACUAAAAUGUGGAGGUAGUCAAUAGCAAUUAUUUGUCUGUUAUGGAGCGAACUCCCGAGAACAGGCUCUGCCUAAACAGCGUCUGUCUAAAUGAUUGACAGGCACAGUUAAGACUGCUUAUGAACUGACCAAUCUGCCCUGCUAGAGAAGUUCACUGGCCAUUCCACCAGAGGUCAGGUGACUUCAUGGGGUUGGUUCCAGGGUCCAUCUGUCCAGGACGUAUGCAAUCUACUGACCUGAAUGUCGUAGAUCCACAUAACCCUGGUUUCAGCACUAGUGCUGAGGACGGCUUCCCAAUCCACCCUCACAACAGAACAUUAGGUGAGUUUUCAUCUUGUGUCUCUUCCAGCUAUUGCUGGAUGCUGAUUAAUAGCACAAGGCGGUUUUGGCUCAGCUUUGUAGCUCAGUGAGGUACUACCAUGUCCUUGCGACAGCUUGGGUGUACGUCACCCAUUUGUAAUGGUUAGUAUUCUCUACUUGAAAGGAAACGUUAGGUUGUUAUCAUAACCAUGGUUCCCUGAAAUAGGAAUAUUAACCAUUAACUUCGAGUUCGCAAUCCUCAAAGGAAAAUGGCAUCAUUGUCAGACUGCACAGCUCCUUUAUGCUCUCGAGGGCAGAGCAGCAGCUGCGUCACACUGCUCUGAUAAGAAGUCUUUGGUAUUAAGUUUCAGGUUCAGGUGUCUUAAAGGGGAAACACCCAUUUGUAAUGGUUAAUAUUCCUACUUCAGGGAACCAGGGCUAUGAUAAUAACCAAAGGUUACCCUGUCUUAAUAACAACAGCCCUGUGCACAGUGUGAGGAGGUCUAGAACUCUAUAAAGUUUGCUUGCUUUCCCCUGACUACUUUAGUGCAAUUGCUGUUAAUGUCUGCUUUCAUUGUUGAAUUCUGCUGCACCUGAGAUUUCACAGACUAACAUUUUGUUUCUUUCUUUUUUUUCAUGCACACUCCUUUCUAUAUAAUUUCUCAUUGCACAUUAUAAUUAUUUUUUUGCAAUUUGUCUGAUGGGGUCGUGGUUUAUCAGUCUCUUUUCAUGUACCCCUUGUCACCCACUUGCUCCAUGUCAUCUCUUUCCCUAAACCUGGAAACCAUCCAUGAGUUGGAUAUUCUGACAGACAUUUCAGAGGACGACCCGCUGUCAUUGGCUGAACUUGACCAAGAAUGCCCAGUUGCUAAUUAUACACCCAGUUCCCAAGAGAAUGCCAAGGACAUUACCUCAUCAGAGCUUUAUGAUGAUGUCAAAGGUUCUUCACCGAACCAUCUCGUUCUUUACUAUGCCAUUCCAGCCACAAAGCAGUGCCAUUACUCUCCAGAAGGGGGCAUUGACUCUGUAAAAAUUUCCCAAUUUCACUUCUUACUCAGUUUCUACAAAUGUCUCAAGUUCCCCACAUUGCUGGAUGAAGACUGCUAUAUCUGUUUUCCCAGCCUGCCAAAGGACUGUGUCUCCUUCUUGCCCCACAGCCUCCAGUGUUACAUCCCCAUCACCUCCCCUUCCCUCAUCCCCUCCUUCUUUCUCAUAUUUGCGCUGCUUCUCUCAGUUUCUCAGUCGGUCCCCUUCUCCCUCACCCUGUCCCUUCCUCUCGCUCUGUCCCUUUGCUACCUGGAGUCUAAGGCGACAUUGAUCACCUCUUGUGACUAUAACUCAAUUGACAAAGCAGAGCCAGAGGAGGUGUGUAAUCCUAUUUCCUAGCUGCUGCUGAGUUCACUUUUUUUUUUCUUUUUCUUUUUUGAGGCCUUGCAAGCUUUUCUGUGUAAAAUGAAAGAUGUUAUAAAAGGAUGAACGUUUCUUUUAAUAGAUAUGAACAAAGGGCACAUCGGUCAACAUCUAAAUGCAAAACAGAUUUGAAGGAACAA